AUGGCUUGCCGGGGCAUGCUGUGGGCAUUCGUGGUCUCCACCUGCCUUGGAUCCAGUGUGGCUCAGAAGGUCACUCAGCCUCAACCAGAAAUGUCUGUGCAGGAGGCAGAGACUGCGACCCUGGCCUGCACAUAUGACACUAGUCGGAGUGAUUAUUAUUUGUUCUGGUACAAACAACCUCCCAGCGGGGAAAUGAUUUUCAUUAUCCGCCAAGAAGCUUUUAAGCAACAAAAUGCAACGGAUAAUCGCUUCUCUGUGAACUACCAGAAAGCAACCAAAAACUUCAGCCUCAGGAUCUCAGACUGCCAGCUGGAGGAUGCUGCAGUAUAUUUCUGUGCUCUCAUAGACAGUGGAAGUGGCAGCUAUAAACUGACAUUUGGAAAAGGAACUCUCUUAACUGUGAAUCCAAAUAUCAAGGACCCUGACCCCGCUGUGUACAAGCUGAGAAACCCUAAAUCCAGCAACGCUUCCGUCUGCCUAUUCACCGACUUUGAUUCUAAAGUCGAUGUGCCACAAGACCCGAAUUCCACUGUGUUCAGCUUUAACAGCACAGCGCUGGACAUGAGGGCCAUGGAUUCCAAGAGCAACGGGGCUCUGCACUGGAGUGACAGCCCUGAUUUCAUGUGUGACGACACCUUCAAUAAUAAGACCUUCUACCCCAGCUCAGGAUUUCCCUGUGAUGCCACGUUGAUAGAGAAAAGCUUUGAAACAGAUAUGAACCUAAACUUCCAAAACCUGUCAGUGAUCGGGCUCCGCAUCCUACUCCUGAAAGUGGCCGGCUUCAACCUGCUCAUGACGCUGCGGCUGUGGUCCAGCUGAGGUCAACAAGAAUGUGAGAGCCCAAUGCUCCUCGCUGCUCACUCCUCACCGCCCUUCUCUCCCUCAAGCAGAGACGCGCCCUCAGCCUCCAUGAAGGAGAAGGCUCCCUCCACCUCUCGGGCCCCACUGACAAUGCCACCAACUGGAUCCUACCAGAUAUUUGCAAUCAAGAUGUUGAAGAGCUGCCAAAUGCUGCUACCACUCCUUCUGUCCCCCCACUGCUGCUUGUCACCGCCCCAUGUUCCCAGCAAAGGCAGAGGCUACUGCAGCUUCUCCUGGCUGUGGCCCCCCUCCCCCUGCCAGAGAUGCCCCACUGGGUGGUGGAUCACCAGGGGGUUCUCUCGGGUUCUAGCUCCUGGAGAAUGUUGUGAGCAGCUUAUAUUUUUUUUAAAUAGUGUUCAUAAAGAAAUACAUAUCACCCUUUUCCCCAAGAUGCGGGGGAAAUUAUCUCAUUAUCUAGGCCCUGCUGUGCUGUGUAUCUAAGCCACAUUGUAUAUUCUGCUGCCCUGGCUUCAUUAAAAGUGAUUUGGAAG